AUGGCGUCAAUGAAAGCACCAAUGAAACAACAUAACAUGGAGGCUGCAUUAGCUAUUGCCAUUGGAUCUAUGAGAAAAAAUAUCUCAUUUAAGUUGGAUCAAUGUCAUUGUACUGAAUCUGGGUACCAAUCCUUGGAAAAAAGUACCAAGCCUCUUUUUUUCAAGGAAUUCAAUAAAAUGUGGGGAAAAUCGAAGAAAAGUGGGCCUUUUAAUGUCUCAAAUACUCUGCUGAUUGAUGACAAACCCUACAAAGCUUUUCUCAAUCCUGAUAAUACAGCAAUUUUCCCUGAAUCUUAUGAUGUGAAUGAUGUUACUGAUAGAGGACUUGAUCCAAGACGUGAGCUGUGUUCGUAUCUGGAAGCUGUUUCUAAUGCUCGUGAUGUUCCUUCUUAUGUGAAGGAUCAUCUGUUUGGACAACUUCCUAUUACAUCUGCUCAUCCUGACUGGAAAUUUUAUUCUGAAGUCAAACAAUCUCUGCUUAAAAAGCGUGCACCAAAGAUAGUUUUCGGAUAA